GCAAUAAAAACAAAUUUAAAUCUGGACAAACCAGAUAACAUAGUAUUCUGGACAAUAGCUACAACAGUAUUUUAUGGUCUAGCAUGCCUUGGAGAGCUUCUGCUCUCAAUACAGCAAGAUCAAAGCAAAGUACCAACUCUCAAGACACAAAGAUUUGAGAAAACGAACUACCACACCUUUGCCACUAUCUAG